ACCCAGCACAACAGCCAGGGCCACGGGCAGCAGCCCCAGCGCUGCCAUGGAGCCGGGGCUGAGGGAGCCCCUCGUGAGGGAGACGAGCUCCUCGUACCAAACCUUCCCCAGGAGCCAGGGCACGAGGCUGGAUCAAGAGUACCUGCAGAGCCUCUGCAACAAGCGGCUCUACCUGGCUGUGUUUGCCGCUGUCCUGGGGAACUUCAGCUUCGGCUUCGCCCUGGUGUACUCCUCGCCUGUCAUCCCUGCCCUGGAGGCUCACCCCGACCCUGCCCUGAGGCUGGACAAGUACACAGCAUCCUGGUUCGGGUCGGUGUUCACGCUGGGCGCGGCCGCGGGCGGGCUCAGCGCCAUGGCCCUCAACGACCGCCUGGGCCGCAAGCUCAGCAUCAUGUUCUCAGCCCUGCCCUCGGCGCUGGGCUACGCGCUGCUGGCCGGGGCCCAGGGCACGGGGAUGCUGCUGCUGGGCCGCGUGCUGACGGGCUACGCCGGCGGCCUCACCUCCGCGUCCAUCCCGGUCUACAUCUCGGAGGUCUCUCACCCUGGGGUCAGGGGCAUGCUGGGUGCUUGUCCUCAGAUCAUGGCAGUGCUGGGCUCCCUCAUCCUGUAUGCGCUGGGGCUGGCGCUGGACUGGCGCUGGCUGGCGGUGGCAGGGGAGGUGCCCGUGCUCGUCAUGAUCAUCCUGCUCUGCUUCAUGCCCAACUCGCCCCGGUUCCUGCUCUCCCGGGGGAAGGAUGACGAGGCCCUGAGGUCACUGUGCUGGCUGAGGGGCAAGGACACAGACUAUGCCCAGGAGUAUGAGCAGAUCAAGGACAGUGUGAGGAAGCAGAGCCAGCGGGUCUCCUGUGCUGAGAUCAAGGAUCCCUUCAUCUACAAGCCCAUCCUGAUUGCAGUGGGGAUGAGGUUCCUGCAGCAGCUCUCGGGUGUCACCUGUGUCCUCGUGUACCUGCAGCCAAUAUUCAAGAAAACAUCUGUCAUCUUGAAGCCGCAGUACGACGCGGCCAUUGUUGGCCUGGUGCGGCUGUUCUCGGUGGCCAUCGCUGCUGUGGCCAUGGAUAAAGCUGGGAGGAAGAUUCUCCUUUUUGUAUCAGCUGGUGUCAUGUUGCUGUCCAACCUGACAUUGGGGUUCUAUAUCCACUUCGUGCCAGCUUCUCAGAACAGCAGCAUUGCCAACGUGACCCUGGUGAGCUCUGCCAAACAUCCUCCUGAGCUGACAAACUACAUCACCCUCAUCCCCCUCCUGGCAACCAUGUUCUUCAUAAUGGGUUAUGCCAUGGGCUGGGGCCCCAUCACCUGGCUGCUGAUGUCAGAGAUCCUCCCUCUGAAAGCCCGUGGGGUGGCCUCAGGCCUGUGUGUCGUUGUGAGCUGGCUGACAGCCUUCACCCUGACCCUGCUCUUCCUCCGGGUCGUGGAAGUCUUUGGCCUGGAGGUGCCUUUCCUGUUCUUUGCUGUCAUCUGUGCAGGGAACAUCUUAUUCACAGGCUGCUGUGUUCCAGAAACCAAAGGCAGGUCCCUGGAACAGAUCGAGGCCUUUUUCAGGACUGGCCGGCGGUCGCUGAUGAGGUAGGAGCUGCUGUCUGCCAGCCAUGCUGGGCUACCAGGACACAUGCUCAAGGGCAAGAAAGAAAAUGUUGUGCUGCUGGAGGUGGAGGCUGGAGCUGUCUGUGAAGACAACGGGAGAGGAACAGGCAGCAGCCAUCAUAGAAGUUGCCAAGUGGAGCUUUACCUUCUCUUCCCAUCAUUCAACACUACCUGUUGCUCUCUGGGUAACAUGUCAGCCUGAGGUGUGGGACCAGGUAACCACAGCCAGGCUGCAGAUAAAGAUGUCCUGGAAAAUAAAAGAUGUAGCU